GAGCAUAUAUUGAAGCAUAAUGUGUCAUGGGACAGUUCAUGGAUGCCUCUUUGGUGAUGAGUAUAGAACCGAAGGCAGGUGGCUCUUUAUACUAUAGCAUGAGUUCAAUGUGUUCAGUUUUGCUAUGACCGUCGUCUGGUCACGAGACAUCUCAGAGGUAGAACUCCUAUUUUAAGUUCAACGCAUUUGGUUUCUGUGUCAAAGAAGAAAGGAUACUACAAUGAAAUUCCGAACAUUUGUUCUGAUACUUUUGUGCCUUACGUGUCAUGCAAAUGAACAUCCGGAUACGAAACAAACGAAAUCAAAUGACGUCGAUUCGACAACGGAAUCUAAUGAACCACCAGAAGGAUAUUACGCUUUUGUUAAAUCACCAAAUGCAGAACCGCCUAAAGUGAGACCACCACCUUACAUAGACAGCGAUAAAGAGUGCUAUGAUACCGGUAAACAGGGAAAAGGUUUCGUUUCUGUUCACAAUAUUUGUGGAGACCUUAAUAAGGGUUAUAUUCCACGGAAUCCUAUGAAUCAAUAUUUCAAUGGUUCGUCAUAUCCUUUUGCAUUAUUGAAAAAUCACACGCUGAAAUUUUUGAGCAAAGCAUUGCCCAUACUCAAGGCUGAUGAUUCAUUACCGAAAGUGGCCACAGUUCAUUCGUACUUCCAAAACUCUGUAGACACUGAUGAGAAACGAAGCAGAAGUAAACGAUCAUCCGAUUCAGAAAGCGCGUUAGACACUCUCAGAAAUGGUCGUAAAUUUUGCGAGAACGGUGGAGGAGUAGUUUGUAUGCUGUACAAGGCUAUACAAGGUGAGCCAUUGGCUACAUCAGCAGCUGAGCGUCGUGACGAGCCUUCUACUCCCGAGUAUCGUCAACGAACACCGCCACAAGAGAAACCAGAGUACACUGGCCCACCUACUCCUUGUCCAGCUAAAGUGGAAUACGCGACACCUGUGUUCGCCAAGAAUUAUCAAGGAGUUUGGCGUUACGUAGUUCAAAUACCUUACGAGGGUUAUUUCACACAGACUAUUGAAGUAACCAGAUGCAUGCAAUCAAGAUGUCAUUAUUUGGAUGGUGGAUGUCUAUCAUCACCAAGAUGGACUAGCUUGCUAGUAGCGGAAAUUUUCUAUCCCGAUACAUUCGUGGAAGAAAACCAAAACUCUAGAAUCAAUGGUCUAAGAGAUAUUGCAGGUUCACCACCACCUGUUCACGAUUUUCAAAAUUAUCAACAAUAUUUACAAAAGCGUGCUGGUGAAAACGAAGCUCGGAACAGUGGAUCACAGCAUCAUUGCGAUGGUGUUGAUGAAAUGGGUUGCUUCCAGGUGAGAUUGUAUUAUGACUGGUUCCUGGUACCAGGAAGCUGCAAGUGUUGGCGUCCCGAUUAUUUCAACCGCUAUGUCCGUCGAAGCGGAUCUAACGUUGAAUUGUGAUAGAAGCUUUGUGUCAGAUCGCAUGGAUGAGCAAAGGGACGCAUUCAUGAAACUUAAAUCGAUAAACAUAUCGGAAAUUUCAUUAAAAAUCUUGCUAUUUUGAUCGUCAGAUAAUAUCGAGUACAAUUAUUAAUAAUUCGUAAUAAUUCUAAUCAUUGAUUAUUGACGAUAAUAAUUUUAGUUACUGAAAACUAACAAAAUAUUAGAUCAUAUAUACAUUAUAUAUAUGAAGAAAUAUUUUUUAAUUCUAAUUAUAAUUCGAAUUAAUUUUUGAUUAAUCGAUAUCAAAGUGGAUGGAUAGGCGGGAUCGAUAUAUUAGCUUUAAUAUAAUUGUAUUAAAUUCGCAGCAUCGUGCAAGAUUUAAAGACUGAAAAGAAAUACCAUGAAUGAACACAAUAGAAUUUGUACUUUUAGAAAAAUUUGCAAUAUUUGUAAUAUUAAUGCGUGUUGUUAUUUAA